GUAUGAUGUUCAGUUGGAAAAGGUUGCAGGGGAUGGCCUCGCUGGCCCUAUGAGGCAUCUGUGAAGUAGGGGUGGGCUGCGACAAGGACCGGAAAUGGAAAGUGAUGAAGCUGGAGCCCCGGAAGCACCGGAAAUGAGGCCAGUCAAUCAAGCAGACAUGAAUGGAGAAAGUCCAUCAUUAGAGGUUCUAUCCAACCAUGUGACACUCCUGAUCCCAGCACACACCCCGGAGGCCUUUGUCCAUGAGGUCAGCAACGUUCGACACAUACCUGCGGAGCGGUCUGAAGUCCUACAGGCCAUGGACACACUCCCACCUGAGCAGGGCAGUGACGCCCUCGGCUCCCCAGCCCAAACUAUCCCCCCCAGGCAGGCUGACACCCCCAUUUCCCCAACCCAAAACAUCCUGCCCAAGCAGGGUGACUUUCUCAGUUCCUCAGCAAAAACCAUCCCUUCCGAGCAGGCUGAUGCCCCCAGUUUCCCAGAAAAGAUCAUUCUGCCAAACGAGGGUGGCAUGCUCAAUUCCCCAGAAAAAACCAUUCUGCCCAAUCAGGCUGGCACCCCCAAUUCCUCAACCCAAACUCUUUCACCCAAGCAGGCUGACAUCCCCAAUUCCUCAGAAAAGAAUACCUCGCCCAAGCAGGGCAAUACCCCCAAUUUUCCAGCAAAAUUCAUUUUGCCCAGGCAGGGCCACACCCACAAGCUCUCAGCCAAAACCAUUCUAUCCAAGCAGUGUGACACCCCAAAGUUCUCAGCCGAAACCGUUCUGCCCAAGGAGGGUGAUGCCCCCAAGUCCUCAGCCGAAACCGUUCUGCCCAAGGAGGGUGACACCCCCAAGUCCUUAGAAGACACCAUCCGGCUAACAGAAGGCAACCUGCAGUCAGCAGAUGAAGCCAUGGAGGUCCUGGAGGAGGACCUGGUGAAGGUGAUCCUGAGCAAGGAAGACUUCGAGGUGGCGCUGAAGGAAGCCGGGGAGAGACUGGUGGCUGUGGACUUCUCGGCCACGUGGUGCAGGCCUUGCAGGUCAAUCAAGCCCCUUUUCCAGUCCCUGUCCGUGAAGCACAAGGAUGUGGUGUUCCUGGAAGUGGACGCGGACGAGUGUGAGGGGCUGGCGAAAGACUGCAAUAUCGUUUGCAUCCCAACCUUUCAGUUUUAUAAAAAAGAAGAAAAGGUGGGCGAAUUUUCUGGUGCCCUUAAGGAAAAACUCGAGACACUCAUUACAGCAUUAAAGUGA